UUGAAGACGAUUACACGAGAAUGUUUGUUCCACUGUGGCAAUGCACCCAGCCUGACCCUAGCCAGUCAAUCAGCCUGUGGGACAAACCAUUAUCGCUGUGUCUCUGGCUGCUAUUGCUGAAAUUUUGUUUGUACAAACAUAACACAGUGCGUGACUGUAACGCCACGUCUACAAAUGUGAGCUCGGCCGCGUUGUGGAACAUUCCAGGGCGUGUCUCGGGAUAUUUAUAACUUAACUACAGGUGAAUUCAGUUCAUUUCCCUGCUCGCCUCCGCUGUGUGAGCUGCGCACACAGCGUCUCCUGAACAGAACACACCUCGUCAAUGGUAAUCAACAUCUCACGAUAUUAUAAACAUAAAGUAUUUUUGUUGAAAUAUAUUCUCUGAGUCACAGUGAGGAACUAUUUUGGGUGCAUCCUCGGGUCAUGGCGAGCACAGCUCCCGCUGAGAACGUGGACCGUGAGUUGACCUGCUCCAUCUGCCUGGACACGUUUGACUGCCCCUCCACGCUGAGCUGCGGCCACUCCUUCUGCCUCCAGUGCCUGGAAGACGCCUGGAAGGAGGCAGAUUCCUACUGCUGCCCGCAGUGCCGCAAGACUUUCCCUCGACGACCCCAGCUGACCAGGAACGUGACGAUCGCCAACCUCAUAGAGCAGCUGCGAGUGACUGAGACCAUGGCUGCUGCUGAUGCCGGUGUUGUUUUCUGUAACCACUGCCCAGAAAGCCAGAUGCCUGCAGUGAAGACCUGCCUCAAGUGUGACACGUCCUUCUGCACUGAGCACCUCGCGCCUCACCUGGAGAGGGCGAAGUUUAAUGAUCACAUCCUGGUUUCACCAAAUGUGAACCCUGAAGCACGCAAGUGCAAGAGGCACAAAGAGGAGCUCAAGUUCUACUGCCAGCAAGACCUCAGCCUAGUGUGCAGGGACUGCACCAUCGCAGGAGACCACACUGGUCAUAAGUUCAUCACACUGGAGGAUGAGCAUCAGGCACGGAAGAAUGGAGUCGUUGCGGAGACGCGAGCGGUGGAGGAGAAGAGGAAGAAGGCGGAGGCGGAGGAAGAAGGCGGA